GAGAUGCUGCCGUGACGUAUGCGCCUCUCCGCCAAUCACAAUCCUCGGAACAAACAUAACCGACCAGCACUUGUCAGUGAGGAAAAAACCCACCGCGAAAUGCAGGUCCAUCUUCCAGCGGCGGUGAAAUAAACCGAAAGCGUUUCAUAUAUACCCCUAUUUGUGCUUCUUUGAAGGAUCGGAUCACCGUCUUUUACCCCCUGAAGAUUUUCUUGUCACCUCUCUUCGUGUUUCAUUUAUUUUGAGGAUGUCGGUGGCGGGGUUUAAAAAGCAGCUGCACAAAGCGAGUCAGUUAUUAAGUGAAAAGAUAAGCGGUGCAGAAGGGACAAAACUCGAUGAAGACUUCACGGAAAUGGAGCGGAAAAUAGAAGUCACCAACAAGUCUGUUUUUGAACUUAUAACUAAAACCACAGAAUACCUUCAACCAAACCCAGCAUCAAGAGCCAAACUGGGAAUGCUCAACACCGUGUCUAAAAUCAGAGGGCAGGUGAAGACGACGGGCUAUCCUCAAACUGAAGGGCUAUUAGGCGACUGCAUGCUGCGAUACGGACGGGAACUGGGGGAGGAGUCCACUUUCGGGGCUGCGCUGGUGGACAUUGGUGAAGCCAUGAAACAGAUGGCCGAUAUUAAAGAUGCCCUCGAUAUCAACGUGAAACAGAACUUCAUUGACCCAUUUCAGACUCUACAAGACAAAGACCUCAAAGAGAUUGUGCAUCAUCUGAAGAAGCUGGAGGGUCGACGGUUAGACUUUGACUAUAAGAAGAAGCGUCAGGGCAAGAUUCCUGAUGAGGAGAUCAAACAGGCUGUGGAGAAGUUUGAGGAGUCCAAAGAACUUGCUGAGAGGAGCAUGUUCAACUUUUUGGAGAAUGAUGUGGAGCAGGUGAGUCAGUUAUCAGCUCUGAUCGAGGCGGCGCUGGAUUACCAUCGACAGUCCUUGGAGAUCCUGGAGGAACUCAACAGCAAAAUACAGAACAGGAUAUCUACCGCAAGCAGUCGGCCCAAAAAAGAGUUCAAGCCAAAGUCGAUCAUGUCCAGUUUGGAGACCAGUGAGAACACGCAGCACAAUGGACUUUCCCACACCUCAUCAGUCAAAACCACAGAUAUCCAGAUCAACCACACUGUAAAUGGAAAAAUUGAUCAGUUCACACACACAGCAUCCAUGACUGUAUCAUGGCCUGAAAGCCCCAAUGGUAAUAGCAAACAGAUAGAGUCACACAUGGACCAGCCCUGCUGUCGAUCGCUUUACGACUUUGAGCCGGAGAACGAGGGAGAGCUGGGAUUCAAAGAGGGCGACAUCAUCAUCCUCACCAAUCAGAUUGAUGAGAACUGGUAUGAAGGCAUGAUUAACGGAGAAUCGGGCUUCUUCCCCAUAAACUACGUAGAGGUCCUAGUGCCCCUGCCUCAAUGAGCCGAGCCGACGACCACGGGUCACUGACCACACGCCAAACUAGACUGUCUCAACCGUCCACUCACCCAACAUCCUCUGCUGCAUUCUCACCAAUGAAAGCCUUGCGUUUUACCACAGACUAUUUUGAAGCUUUUAUGUUUCAGUAUUUAUUUCUUAUUAUGUUUUCCAGGCCUCAUGGUGCAACAUCUAGACACUGCAAAACAAAUUUAAUCAGUAUUUUUGCUUUGUUUUUUAGUAAAAUAUCUAAACAUCUUUAGAACUAAAACUGCAAAAUAUUUUUACUUAAACCUCAUUAUAAAAUAAAAAGGGCUGUCGAAUUAACAUGUUAAUUUGGUGGAUUUAAUUAAGGGAAAAAAUAAAGCGUUAAAAUUAUUAAUGCUUUUAAAUCAUCCCAGCCCGGAAGCUGGUGAUUCUAGUUUAUGAAGUUAUAAAUAUGGAUAUUUUUCUUACAAAAACCUAUCGCUCAGCUUCAGAAAUUAAAGAUACGAGGCAAAAAAAUGCCUCGUGUGGGUUUUUGUCUUAUAUAUAUAUCAUACGAUAUAUAGUUUAGCACUAUCACACGAGCAAGAGUGCUGUUUUUUCCCACGUAUAUCUGCACGAUUGCAAAUGUGAUAUUGAUUUUUUACAAGUUCAAUAAACAAGAUGAUAAUAUUUUUAGACAUUUUAGACACAGUAUUGUCUGGUUUUGCCCAAUUUCACCAAUAAAAUAGUUCCAGCAAAGCCACAGCUGAACUGUUGUGCUUCUCGGAGCAACACGCUGUUGUUCAUUACUGAAUGAAUCUGUGGUUUUUAACUAAUUGAGUGAGCCACUGAUUCAUUAAGACGGUCACUUGCUUCGUUCAUGAAUGAAUCAGCCGUUUGAAUGAAUUACUAAAUGACUCACUCAUAAAAGGGUUAGUUCACCCAAAAAUUAAUUACUCGCCCUCAUGACGU